AUGACUAUGGUAUAUAAGAUUGGAAAAUUAAUUAAAUCGCCAUAUAAACAAUCCCUUUAUAUCCUUAUGCAAGAUCUUAAUGACGAUAGACGUAUUAGUGAAGCUCACAACAGAUUUCGCAAUGAUAACAACAGCAACAGCAACAGCAGCAAUAAUAAUAUACCACUCUCAACACCAAAUACCUUUGUUACCGCACAGUCAUACUCAAUGAAUAGGUCUUCGGCAGACUCGCUCUUAUCCUCUACACACUCUAUCAGUACACCCCCGACUCCAACUCUGUCCUCAACCCCGAUUCAUACAAAGGACAUGGCCGCCAACAUUACUAUACAACCUCCUACUCCUCCAAGUCAUCAAAGACCUUCCCGCUCUCCGAGUCCUUCAAGUACUCCAAAACCCCCAAACCCUCCGACUCACGAAAUCGAAGAGACCACACCCCGGCCUUCAGUACAUCGUACAGGAACGAUCGGAGCGUCUGUCUGUCUAGAAGAUACAGAGACAGAAGGGCGACCAAGCAUAUACCUUUUUAUUUUUGUAAACCCGCUUUCUGGAGAUCGCAAAGGCAGUGAUCUGAUCAACCUCCCGAUUCAGCACUUUCGAUUACGUCGGUUACCUCAAGUGCAGGUCGAGAUCCACAAUAUUCUCGAUGAUGAUGAUCGAUUGGCUGGUCUGGAGCAGAUCAAGCUAAUCGAAGGUAUGGUAAAGUCUGGCCAAAUUCCCAGUAUUCCGCCUCAAGAAGAUGAAGAAGAUAAUGAUGAAGAGAAUAGUCCUCUUGAGACAGCCUCAGGAAAAACUUCAGGAGAAACUUCAGGAGAAGCUUCGGGUAGCUUGGGUCGAAAAUCGACCAAGAAAUCAUCAUCAUCAAAAUCUUCCAGAAAAGCAUCUAUGAAAGCAUGUCACAAGACAUCUACUCGAGCAUCUCGUCGAUCCUCACGGAAAUCCGACCAGACCUUAAAGCUAACCAAAAGUGAACCCGAGGGAUUAGGAAGACUGAGCAGUGCGGUGCGUACCCGUCAGAUUCAUGUGUGGAGUGCUGGUGGAGAUGGAACGGUGAUGAGUGUUUUUGAGUUAUUGGUUAGCCAUUCUGUUGAUCUUGAUCUUAUAUUUUUUUCAUGUAUUCCAUUUGGAACUGGUAAUGAUUUCAGUCAAGUACUUGGAUGGGGCCGUACUUUACCCAACAAAGACAUUCUUGGCUCUAGACUACACAACCUAGAGAUGCUUGUGACCGAACGCCUGGAGAACUCUGAUGCGGCUCGGUUGGAUAUCUGGCAAGUUGACAUGGUCGCACAUAAAUCCGGAUAUGUGAGACAAUCGGGCCCAGAACGGGAUGACGGGCAUGAUGUAGCAGAAAUAAAGAACUCCCAAGAAGAUCACACAACAAUGAUCCGCAAGAUGUCAAACUACAUGUCGAUUGGCGUACAAGGUUAUGUCGGCAGUGGGUUUGAGGACCACCGGGCCGGAAAGCGUCUGAUGAACAUGUUUGUCUAUGCCACCGAAAGUUCAAAGUGGGUCUUCUUUCGUCACUUCCCGCCAGUCACACGUUUCAUUGAGUCGAUCGUCAAGGAUGGCAAGACGGUUCUCAAGUGUCCUCCACCGCCAUCAAUUGCAGGCGACUUGCCCAAAGACAGUCAAGAAAAUAGUAAUGUGUCAGGCACAGGCGAGAAAAUACCCAUUAUGACAAAGCAUCCGAUUGAUUUUGUUAUUCAGAACAUUCCUCACAUUUGGGGACGUGAAGUUGAUUUAUGGGGUGAGGCUGAGUCAGGGCUUGAGGUUGUGGAAGACCGGUCAGGACCUACAGACCCAAGCACAUGGAAUCCACAGCUAGCAAAUGACGGCAAGAUGGAAAUCAUGGUGAUUGAUAAUCUGUUCAGCUACUUUAAGAAGCUGGCAAACAUACGAAGCCAUGUAUCUCGAGUUGGGCAAUUUGAGACCAAAUUUGAGAUCCAUUUCCGAUCUCCUCAUGAAGAGAAGGAAGGCAAGAAAGGUACAGAAAGCAACAGAUCGUUAUGGGCAACGGUCAAGAAGCGUAUCAUGGACAUCAAGAAAAACAAAUACGAAAAGAACAACAUUGUGUGUAUUAUGUGCGACGGUGAAUUCUACACCAUCAAGGACCCCAAGGUUCUCAAAUUCAAUCGGUUUGCACAGAUCUGGACUCUUGGCCGAAGUGAUGAGGUAUCGCAAGGAAGGCUGGUGGCAGAUGAGUUGACGCAAGAGAAAGUCUUUCCUCACCAAAAGCAAGAAUCACCUUGA